AUGUCUGGCCUAAGAGUGUCUGUUCAUACGGUGCCGCCAAUCCCUUGUGUCGACCAUGUGUCACAUCGGCAGAAUACUACACGGUCUCCCGAAACUUGCACUCUGAUUUACUCGGAGAAUGAAGCUGUUCUUGUUGAUACUGCGAUCACGAUCAACCAGAACAGAGACUUGAUCAAAUGGAUCGAAAAAACUGCACCAGGACGAAAGCUUUCCUAUAUCUAUAUCACACACGGCCAUGCGGACCACUUCCUUGGCCUCCCGUUGCUGUUGCAGCACUUUCCAGAAGCGAAAGCAGUGGCAACCAAGGCGACUGUCCGUCAUAUCGAGCAGCAAAUCUCCGAGGAGGGGUUCUCGGCGUGGCUUGCGUUUUUCCCGGGAGAUCAACUUUCUACCCAGCACCGGCUACCGGAAGCUCUCCCAAGCAAUAAUAAGUUCUUACUAGAAGGCCGAUGGGUUUUCGAGGCAAUUGAGUGCGGCCAUUCCGACACAUUUGACUCAACUGUACUGUGGGUCCCAGACCUGCGGUUGGCCGUCUGUGGAGAUGUGGUAUAUGGCGAUGUUCACCAGAUGCUUUUCGAAGCGAACACCCCAGAGAAGCGAGAAGAAUGGAUCAGAGCGGUUGAGAAGGUUGAGGCACUUAAUCCCGUCUAUGUGGUGCCCGGUCACCGGAACGCGGAUGAAAUGGAUGGCAUAUGGCAUCUGGAAGCAACCAAAAAGUAUAUUAGAGACUUCACGGGUUUGUUAGAACAGAAACCUCAGACCGUAAGCGAAUUGUACUCUGCUAUGAUUGCGAAGUAUCCUAAUAGGUUUAAUCCUAUGGUCUUGGGUUGGGGCUGUGCUGGUGCCCAUCUGUCUGGUGAAGUUCCCUCAGCCACCUGA